CUUUAACACGCAAAGUUGUACUGAUAGUAUUCUUGCUGCCCCAAAUAAAUGGAUGAAACAUCUGCAGAAAGGGCAAAUGAGAACACUGGUAAACAAAGAAACAACGCGGGACCGUUACCAAAGAUUCUUUACGACUUGUUUCUGAAUUGUCUCUGCGCGCGUUCCGCAGCCACCCUCCCUAAGUGGCAAUGUUGUUGGCCCAGCGGACCUGAAUUAAAAGCGGCGGGUUUUCCGAAACCCAGAGGUGGAAUAACAAGACGAGAAAGGUUUAAAAGCUGGGCUGAACGCAUGGAUGUACGCUUUGACGCCGAAGCAAACUGUCAUGUACUCGUUUAUAAGAGAACUGGAAAGAUAAUUAUACCAAUGGAAGAGUUUCAAACAGUGGUGCGGAAAGUUCAUUCGAUGGGACAUUACGAUGCAAGGAAAACUUUUUCUAUGGUAAGUUUUAUCCAAGCUUAAGCAAAGCCUGUUAUUCCUUGUAUAUAGAAACUAAACUUAAAUACUUUAAUUUGUGAGCUUAAGUUCAAAUUAAUGGUUUUUUUCAAUAUCUGUGUGUUAGUUUUGCACUAGUUUUAAAAGCAAGAAUUUGAAUUGUUUUGAAAUGUAAGACUAUUUUGCGAUUAAUUUUUUUUUGUGUGUGAAGAAUUAACGUCUUUUGCUCUGUUGUUAUUUUAUUGAACCAACACUUUGCUUUUUCAUUUUUCUUUCGUUGCUCUUUUAGAAAAUAACACUCAGCCUGAGCGAAAACAGUGACCAAAAAUCUCAGAUUAAAUAAUUUUUACAACAAAUGAAUGUUCGUGUAUAAUUUUUUUGUUCCGUAAGAAAAAAAAAUCAAUCACUCUGCGGGCCUCUUUACUCGAGCCAGGUACAGUCUGUUGAUAUGGUAAUAUGGGCUAACCUUGUGACCUAGAUGUUACUUUGGUGGCUAAGACCUAGUUAGAUACUAAUAUGAAACUUGAGAGAUGGCACCUCAGUUUACAUCUGAAAAUUCCCGUAAACAGUGAUGAGACCAAAAUCUCAGUGCAGCAACCAGUGUUAAAUUUCCCAUUUGACAGACGGUAAAAUUCACCGAGCCAAUUUCACUAAAAUGAUAAGUUGCUGCUUAUUUUUUUAAGAAUUGACAAAAUAGUCAGAAAUUUGUCUCCUCAAAUUGGUUUAUUUGUCAUGCCACAGAACUUAACAUCAAGUCUGUUAUGUAAUAGUGUCGUUUGAUUGUCCGGGCAAGUGUAGUCCUGAGAAGGACUGUUGUUGGUAGUGGUGAGAGACAUUUUGACAACCUGAGCGGAAGUCAUCUUCAGAGUCAAGUGAAUAGUCGUUGUCGGUCAAAUGUUCUUAGUCUGGUUUUUUUAAGUCUGUUAUGUUUAACUAAAAUGAAUAUCUCAGUAAAUACACAGGAAACCCUAUGAACAAAAAUAUAACACUGCAAAUUAAAUCACAGACUUAGUCAAUCAUAUCCUUGUUCAUGAGACCUCUUAGUGAUGAAUGAUUAGAUCAAGCAUGUGAAAAAAAUGGAAUUUGGAAAUAUACUGGUACAUACACGGAAAGUACUUAUGGAACAGUUUCUUUAUAAACACCCCAAAAAUUAACUUCUCUUUCUGUCUGCCAAUUUUUUUUUUGCAUAGCAUAGAGUUCAUGUAUACAAUAUCCCCUCCAGUAUAUUUGCUGUCAAACUCAACAAACUUUGAUUGCUUGAAUUACACCAGAAAUGUUUACAUAUACUAUAAUAUACUUACUGGUUUGAACCUAUGUAUGAUGGUUGAUUAUGUGAUCUGAUAUUUAGCCAUGAAAUAUGUCUUUUUGUCAAGUUCAUCAGUAACUACAGUAUGUAUCAGAAAAUUAUGAAUUGAUGAAACCUAAGAUUCAAACCACUGAUUUGUUAAUGUAGAGUAUAUUUCUUGUUUCGUUUUAAUUUGACUUUUAUUAUAUUUCAGAUACAAGAAAAAUACACAGUGGGCCACAGAGACUUUGGAAUUGACAAAAGUAUUAUCAGUGUUGUAGUAGAAACAUGUCCUAACUGCCUUAUGAAAGAAAAACUUACAAAUGGACUCAGAAAUGGUGAUAAUUGUCAACUGGAACAUGAAAGACUUUCCCCAGUAACUUACAAUGGGAAGUUUUUAAGUGAUGCAAAAUCAAUGGUUGCCAAUGCUCCUGAUAGCAAGUGCAUAUGGUUUGAUAAAUCAGGUACAAGAUAAAUGAAUUUAUUUGCAUGCCACUGAAACUUAUGACAUCAAGAAGUCCCUCUUUUUCAGCUAAGUAAACUGUGUGAGUCAUAAAAAUCUGCUAAGGAAUUGAUUUUGGGGAGCUAUGCAUCAUAGAAUUCCAAGAGUUUUCCAGCAUCUUUUUUUUUUCUCCCUGUCUCCCUUCUUUUUCUGCUUUAUCUGUGAGGAAACAGUUCGAUUGGAUUGUAAAGAUUUUUGGGUAGACUCUUUAUUGUGGAAUGCUGUUACUGAUUUGUAGCGCUUGAAUUCAUUUCUUUACAAUAGUUACAUUAACAUUCCAAAGCCCUCAGUGGAUUACUGUGUGCCUUUAGACCCUUUUCUUUGUUAUCAUGAUUUAUCUGUACAAAGUUUAAAGUUCAAUGUUUUUCACAAAAUAAUUUAAUGGUCUUUUGUCACCUGUUAGCUAAGAAGAGUUUGCAACUUGUUACCUUAUGUUUUAUUGAUGUGUUUUUCGCUAUUUUGUUUUGUCAUUAGUCCUCACAGAUAAUCAAGAUUUUAACAGUAAACUUCAAGGUUUGAUUAAUGAACUGAGAGGAGAGUUAGGAGCUGUUCUGAGAGGAAGCAGAGAUGCAAGGGAUAGACUUUUAAAAAGUAUGUGUACUGCUUUUUCCUUUUUUGGACAUAGAGCCACUUUGUUAAGAACAAUAGAUUUGCUGUGGUAACCUUUUUAACAGUUACACACCUGGGAAAGUUUGCCAAGGCAAUUUCAGCAUUUUUUUUAGAAACUUGUUUUGCCAGAGUACUUCAGAAAUGACAAAUAUUCAUUUGCAUUUAGCCACAAUCAUAGGUCCUCUCUCUAUCUUGCAAAUAGAGAAGGAAGAAAGGGGAGUCUGGGUAUGAGGUUGAGUGGCUCUUUCUACAGAUGAGUUACAGGAGAGUAAUUUCCUUUAAACUCCUCUUGACUUACUGUCUUAAGGUCAUUACCAAGUCCUCCCCACUUUUUUAUCUUGAAAAAAAAAAACAUAACAUAACAUAAAAGAAACUGGUGUGCUAGGUUUUUAACAUGGUGAGUAUUUUAUACCAAUCAUACAGUGGAUGUAAAGAAAACUGUUAUAAUCCUGGAUGACUUUUCACACUCAAUUUAAACUUCCUCAGAGUUAACCUUCUUUAACAUUAAAGUAACAUCACCUCUGCAUCUCCUUAGUUUGAUGUUAGUAGAGUACUUUUAACUCUGGUAAGAGAAUAAAAGGGUUACGUUUCUAAAGAAACUGUGUAGCUGCUUGGGUGGGGAGGGGGGAGGGGAAUACAUGAUAAUUUGGUUUUAUCAACUGAGUUGAUAAUGUAAAUUGGCCACCACAGUUUCUGAAGCUGACGUUUUGAACGUUAAGCUUUUGUCCUCCGCUUCGACGAAGGGCUAACGCAUCACAAAUUGACGAUAGGUUUUAACGUUGAACAUUUUUCCUUUUUUAUAGAAAUAUCCAUCACACAAUUCGUUAUCAAUGAACACAAAAGUUCAUCACAGCAAUCUACAGAAAUACCGGAGUAUAAUCAAAAAUUUAUUGAUGACAUGAAAUCUCUACUGGAAAGCUACAGAAUUCAAGGUAGAGAAAAACUGUUUCUCGCCGAUAUGGAACUUCUUGCCGGAGCCUACAAAACAGCAGGCUAUACGGACUUGUUUCUCCAAAGUGUGGAGGCACUCAUACGUUCAUUGGUAUCCAGAUGACACAUGCUAUGUGGCUGGAAAUUAACAUGUUCGUGUUUUGUUUUACCUGUUUUUUUCCCGCGCGCCUUCUCGUUCGUGCGCGUUGUUCCCACGCGUCCUAUCAAUGCAUUCGAGUCUGGUUCUCUGUUUGCGCCUCUUGAUUAUUAUAAUUGUUUGAUUUCCUGGGGCAUUAUUCCCCCUGAAUACAAAAGCAAAGUGAUGCUAAGCUCCGUCGUUAGGAAUUGACUGAAAUAAAAAGUUUUCUUUAAAAUUCGAUUCAACUGGUAUCUAAUGUCUGAGUCAAAACAAGGACUCACCGAAAUUUGGACCAAAGUUAUGUAUAUUAAUCAGAACACUUCAUUUUUUCUCUGCCUCGCGCGAAACGCGUAAAGGUAUCAGAUGUAAGCGAUGCAGUGCAUGCUUUCCUGAAACCAGAGAAGAAACCUUCUACCAGCAUUUUAACAGCUUAUGAUCGAGACAUUAUAAUUCUUCCAGGAUCCGAAGCGUUCAGGACAAAAUGAUUACAUGUAUUUUUUUUAAUGGAUUAUGCCCUUGAAAACAAGAAAAAUUAAAACACCUAUCAUCAAACAACAGAAGCUAAAAAGGAUCAAAUACGAGGUUUUGUCAAGAACACUCGAGACAGAGUUAGAAUUCCGUUGUCAUGAACAUGAGUAAAGGGGUUUCUUUCUAAAGAAACUGUGGUGUUGCAUCGGUGAGGGGUGUUACAUGGUAAUUUGGUUCUAUGAACUGAAUUGAUAAUGUAAACUAGCCACCAUAAAGAGUUUCUAAGCUCA